CACGGCUGGGGGUGGUGGAGUGGGGGGUUGCUGAACACUCACAUCCACACCCUGUCCAGUCGGAGUGUCAUGUUAGGUUAGGACAGGAAAGGAGGAGAUGGAGAACCGAGCUGAGAGAACCUUCACCCCGAGGCAGCUCCUCUUCUAACACCACACUUUAGAAAUUAAGAAGCACCUUCACAUAGACUAUAACCAACCAAUGAAUCAGUCUUUAUUUUAUACAGUACUGUAGCACCACCACAGGGGUUAUUGUACACUGUUUAGCCCCCAGCACUGACCUUUCACCUUUUGAGCAUUACUGACUUUGCCCUUUCACCCUGCCAUGUGCCUUAGCUUUCACCUUUCAUCCCAUCUUCUUUCCUCUCUGGUUCUGCUCUUUCACCUUCUUGUCCACAGCCCUCAUCUUAACAGAUCACCUUGCCAUGCGUCUCUGGCUUUCCUUUCUCACUUUUGCAUGAGCCCUUGGUAUAUUCUGCUGUGCCCAUAUGACUUUACUCUUUCAACUGUGUCGUGCUAACCUGGCUCUCCACAAUCAGACCUUGGUGUCCCCCAGGUUCUAAUCUUGUCACCCUGCUGUGCCCCACUACUCUAUUCAUUUCACCCAUCCAUGACCCUGAGCCUGGUUUUAGCAUCUUUCCCCUUUGCUGGCCCUUUGCUUUAUUCUUUUCGUCCCAGUAUUAUCACCUACUUGUGCCCUUUCACUCUUUUGUGCUUUCCUUUUUCUUAAACUCUUACUCUGUUUUAUAUCCGUGGCCCUGCCACUUCCUCAGGUUGGCCCACUAGCACUGCCACCUGGCCCUGUCAUACUCUUUUCUGGCUGUGCUUCUUCUGGCUUUAUUUUCUGAUCCUGUCGUUCACUCUUGGCUUGGUCCUAUCCCCCCACUCCAAGUAUGCCCCUUGGUUUAUGCCUUCACCAUCGUAUUAUUUGCUCCUUCCACUGUCCUUUAUUUUUCUCAUCUUUUCUCUUUCAUGCUAAAUGGAAACAGAUAGGGUUUGGAUAAGCAUCAAUCCAGAAACAAGUGGGAUGAAGAAGUUUCUUCUGGCUGUAAAGAAGAUGGUCACAUCUUCAUGUUAUCUGACAAAAGCUUAGAAUGGAGGUAUCAGAUCUAGCGACAUAGAGAUGCCAAAGGGAAACAAGUAGGGUUUUUAUAGUCUCCCCAGAAACAGUUGCUUCUGGAUGGCAUUUGAUGAAACUAGCACUGGGGACAUCACACCUGCAUUUUUGUCCAUUAAAGCGUACAAACAACAUAAGAUGAAGCUGAUGCUGCUGCUAGAUGCUGCUAAUAUCUGCAGUUUGUGCCACUGCACUUUUUAGUGUCACCAUAUUUUUCAUCCCCUGCCACACCACCAGGCCAUGUCCCGCGGUUUUUGUUAUAUCAUAGGCUCCUAGUUUUGGCUUUCACCUUGCCGUGCUUCCCUGGCUUUACACUUUCACUCAGUUGUUCAGACUUAUCUCUGCCAUGUCCCCCUGGGUUUGCAGUCUGCUCCAGCUGUGCUCUUUCACUCUGCCAUGUCCCCUUUGCUUUAUCAGGCGUUACCUGUUCACUGUGCCAGCUUUUCCAUUUCAUUCUUUUGUUCAUCUCUGGCUUUUCAAUUCCUCCACACUUUGAUGUGCGUUUCACUCUUUUGUACAUCUCUGGUUUAACCCUUGGCUUCAGACUGGGACACUCUUGUUCAUUGACCGUGCCACAGGACCCCCCGACCUCCCAGCUUUUCCCUUCCAUCCUGUUGUUGGCUGCAGUGUUACUCCGUUCUGCUUCUUUCACCUUUUUGAACAGUAUAUCCCUGAUCCUGACCGUAUCACGCAGCCAUUCCCAACGGCCUCCUUUCUUUCCCUCUGCCGUGGUCCCCUGGCUUUAUCCUUUUAACUUUGCUUUGUCUUGCCAGCUAUGAACUUUCACCACCUUGUGUGUUGCUAGCUGAGCGCAUUCACCUUACCUGACAGCCCCAGUUCUGUUUUUGGCUUUACACUUUUACCCAAUUAUGACAACUUGGCUCUGCCCCAUCACCAUGCUGUGUGCUCUUUCCUCCUGCAAUGCCCCUCUUUCCCACCUUUGCCUGUUCAUCCUAAAAUGGUUGCCUUUACUCUGUCCUUUCAUCAUCUUGGCUGGCUUUAUUCUUUCACUUUUCUUCUUCUUCUUAGGCCAGUCUUUUUCACCAUCUUGUUCCCAUCUAUGGCCAAGUUGCCCAAUUCCUCAGUUGUGCUAUUUCCUUUUGCAAUGACUACCCCCCCACCCCCCACCCCCCUUUAGCUUUACCCUCUUGCACAUCUUUGACUGUUUUACUAUGCAGUGAAUCCCCUGCUUUAAUGUUUCACCAUCUUCUGUCUUGCUAGCUGAGCUCCUUCACCCUGCCUUACUGUUCCAGUUCUGCUUUUGGCUUUACGUUUUCACCCAGUAGUGCCAUCUUAGCUUUGCCCCUUCACCUUGUCAUAUGCUGCCCAGCUGUGCUCUUUCUUUCUACAAUAUCCACCAUUAACCUUACCAUCUUGCACAUCUUUGGCUCUGCCCGUUCACCACCCUUUCACCAUCUCGUGUGUUGCUAGUUGACCACAUUCACCCUAACUUGCACCUCCAUUUCUGCUUCUGGCUUUUUGAUUUAAUCUACCCAGUUAUGCCAACUUGGUUCUGCCUGGUGCUCUUUCCUUGCGUAAUACCCCACUUUAGCACAUCUUUCCCUCUGCCUGUUCACCCUACAAUGAUUACCUCUGCUUUGCCCUUUCACCAUCUUGGUGGCUCCUGGCUUUAUUCUUUCACUUUUCUUCUCCUUGUUAGCCCAGCCAUCUCACCAUUUUAUUCUCAGGUGGCACAACUGCCCAGUUGUAUUAUUUCCUUCUGCAAUGCUUUUAGCUUUACCUAUUUGCACAUCUUAGACUCUGUCCAUUCACCUACAAGAAUUCUGUCUGCUUGACCCUUUCACCAUCUUGUGUGUUGCUAGCUGAGCUCCUUCACCCUACCUUGCAGUCUGUUUCUGUUUUUGGUUUUGUGCUUUCACCCAGGUGUGCCAUCAUAGCUCUACCCCCUCACCCUGCCAUGCACCACCCAGCUGUGCUCUUUCCUACCACAAUCCCCUCCAUUAACUCUACGCAAUUGCCCAUCUUUGACUCUGCCCUUUCACCACACAGCCUUCUCUCAUCCUGGUUGCCCCAGCCUUUAGCCUUUCACUUUGCUUCCCCUUACUAGCCCACCAUGUGCCUCUCCUGCUUUUUCUACUUCUUCCUGCCAUGGCCCCCAUUUGCCAAUCCUUCCAUCAUUUUUCUCAUUUCUGGCGGUGCCCUUGCCGGUACUUUCUCAUUUUCUUGUGUAGCCUGUCAUGAGCCCCCCUGGACACACUCUUGUCUUCUACUUUGUCACCCUCUUGUGUAUGUUUGUCUCUGCCCUUUUACCGUUUAGCACCCCUUGAACCUUUCUGGCUCCAGCCUACCACCCUGUAGCUGAAUGCAUUCUCUCAGCCUUGCAGCCCUGGUUUUGUGUUCCACUGGCUUUUAUUUUCUUCAACAAUAAGCCAAUUGUAUUCCAAUUUUUCUUUGAGCAGAGUUCCAAAUCCCACCCCACUCACCAGCACAUUUUCAGGUAAGAAGCCUGUGCUUGAUAAGACUGAUGAUGAUGGUGAGCUCAUGUUCAUUGAUUUGUUUUUUUUACCCCUCGACUUCAGGCAGGUUAAAUGACUCACUAGACGCCACAUCACUAGUGGUCACCGAUGGGGCAGCCUUGUAGUUUCAUCUCCAAUGUUGUCAUCUCCACUAAGCCACACUGUUUCUCUGUAUUUGUUUAACUGGCUGAUGCUUCAAAGAAUAUAGGAGUUUCACAUUUUAAAUUGAUGCCCAGCAGGCCUAGCAAUAACAGCCUCUGUUCCUUUAAAUUCAAAGGCGUGGACCUGCUGUCCUUGUCACUGAGGAACAGAAGCUAUUUAAUAAUGAAAAAGCACCAGAGCCUGGGAUUCACUCACUCCUGGCAGCCACAUGCAAAGGCCCAAUAAAGGCUGCGGGGCGGGGAGCUGAAUUAGAAUGACAUCAUUAGCUCAGUGAAGGGGGGUGGGGGCGGGUCUGAGCAGCCAGCCGCACAUACACGAUACGCACACACACACACACACGCGCGCACACACACACACGCGCACACACACACACACACAUAAGCACAGUGAGGGAGAGCAGAGCCCAGGAGGAGACUCACGCCAUCGGGCAAUGCUGCUGAAGCCCAAGUAUGACCGCUUCCGCAAUGACUCGGUGACCUCGUCAGAUGACCUCAUGCAGAGCCUCGCAAUGAGUGGGAAAGUGGCAGGCACCCCAGUCACCUCCUCGGUCACCCCACAGACCCCUUCGCUCAUCCCGCUUGACCGUCAGGACCGCCGCCCUGGCCCUCCAGCUUUGGCCGACUCCCCGUGCACUGACCAGGACGUGGCCACCACUUUCUGCAUGCUUAUUCCCAAGAUGCCUCAAUGGAAGUUUGCUAACCCAUCUACUUUUCUCGGCAGGGGAUCUGGUAAUAAGGAACUCGGGAACAAAGUAGGAGCAGGCAGCCCAGGGGCAGGAACCCCAUCUGGCAGUGUCUCCAACCCGGUUGCUAGCUUAGCAGCUGUCCUGAACUCCUGUGACCCUGUCUGUGUUACCCCUUGCUCCUUGCAGGCCAUGAACAGACUUCGCAGCGGUGGCAGCAGCAACAGCAACAUGGGUACAGCUGGUGGAGAAGCACCAGCACCUGCCCCGGGGAGUGCAGGCAAUACCCCAACAGUGGGACGGUGGGCCAGAGUGGAUGGCAUGAGAAUUGGGGGCGAGGACUUCACCCAUAGAGGCAGCUUCAUCAACAAGCCCUCUCAGGGAUGGCUACACCCGGACAAGAAGAUCCUGGGAUCGGGAGCUCACUACAUUGUCAGGUACAUGGGAUGCAUCGAGGUCCUCCGCUCCAUGAGAUCCCUGGAUUUCAGCACAAGGACACAAGUCACAAGAGAGGCCAUUAAUAGGCUGUAUGAAGCUGUGCCAGGGGUGAAGGGCGCAUGGAAGAAAAAGGCUGCCAACAAAACCCUUCAGUCCAUCAUGGGCAGAAGUAAUCUUCGCUUUGCUGGGAUGAGCAUUGUGGUGAACAUUUCCGUGGAGGGAGUUAGGCUCAUGAUGCCAACAACACGACAGAUUAUUGCCAACCAUCCCAUGCAGUCCAUCUCGUUUGCUUCUGGAGGUGACACGGACACACCUGACUAUGUGGCGUAUGUGGCUAAGGACCCAGUCAAUGAAAGAGCCUGCCACAUUCUGGAAUGCUAUGAUGGACUGGCCCAGAGCAUCAUAAGCACAAUCGGACAAGCCUUUGAGCUGCAGUUCAAGCAGUACAUGCAUAGUCCACCCAAAGUCAUCAAUUUCCUUGACCGGGGCAUUACCACAGAAGAGUCAGCCUGGGGGGACGAUGAAGACUCUUCUGAACAUGACUACUAUAACAGCAUCCCUGGAAAGGAACCUCCGGUGGGGGGUCUGGUGGAUUCAAGACUCAGGCAACCAGGACACCAUCUUAACCAUAUGCUCAACCAUGCCAGUAAGACUCCCCAGUUUGUCUCACAUUCUAAUAAAGAGAUGACCCAGACUCUGGACCAACCAUGUUAUGACGCCAGAAGGGAGCCUGACCACCCCAGAGGCACAGGAUUAACAAGCGAUGGCUACCUUCGGGCUGAUGGCCGGCCGCCUGGAAGCUGUGACUAUGAAGAGCACUUGUAUGUCAACACGCAGAACCUGGACAGUGAAAUGGCUGAGGGGGCCCGCGACAGCCCCACAAAGGACCUCUUUGAUAUGAGACCCUUUGAAGAUGCCCUGAAGCUCCAUGAGUCAGGGAUGGUACUAGGAGUUGGCGGGGAGUGUGUUUGCCCACCGAUUGAGGAUCAGUGGCCCAGUCCACCUAGACGGAGAGCCCCAAUUGCCCCCACUGAAGACCAGCUUCGCCACGAGCCAUGGUAUCAUGGGAGAAUGAGUCGACGCGAUGCGGAGAAACUUCUAGUGAUGGAUGGAGACUUCCUUGUGAGAGACAGUGCCACCAAUCCAGGGCAGUAUGUGUUGACUGGGAUGCACAGUGGACUGCCCAAACACCUCCUGCUCGUUGAUCCGGAAGGAGUGGUGCGUACCAAAGAUGUCAUGUUUGACAGCAUCAACCACUUGAUCAACUAUCACCUCCAAAACGAAUUGCCCAUUGUGGCAGCCGAGAGUGAGCUGCACUUAAAGCAAGUGGUUCGCAGGAAACAAUGACUACUUCAGUUCCAGAGUGGUCCCAGCUGUUUCCUUGAAAGGAGGUAAAGUAUGAAGUACAUCUGGUUGCCUUAAAUAAACAAAAACAAGAGUGACUCAGGCUGGCCUCUGAGCAGAAGUACUGGAAGUCUGUGACUUCUUUGGAAUGAGGACCCAAAUCUGUAUUUUCGAUGCCAGCUGCCUAAUGGACUACACAGGAAGCGUAGGUAGCAUAUUAUACAGUGACAGACAAUCCUGAGCUUUAAUAAGAGACUUCAAUGUGAAGCGCCGAAGUGGGGCUGGCAUCACAGAGAAGAGCGCAGCACACUAAUUCAAAUCUGUGGACGCCAUUGACAGAUUAGAAAGAAAAUGAACGAUCCCUGUUCUCUAGUAUGCGGCUGUGGCGGGAGCAGUCAUUAUGGACCACAAUGGAGGAUGAAGAUACAGAGCAGCACUGCUGGACAUUUCAUUCUCUUGCACUCUUAUUGUUCUCAGUUGCUAUCUACCAUCCUACUAUGGGUAGGCACCAAAGAUACAAACAAAUGACGGCAGAUGCGCACACGACAUAGACAGAAAUGUGACCAUCUGCUGUGUGAAAUGUCAUUUAAGGAACUGUGAAAUUAUGCGAUUUCAGGAAAUGCCUUAAUAUCUGUUCAGUGGAAUGAAUGCCUGACUGCCCUCUUUUUUAUCUAUCAUGGAAAUGAGUUACUCAUCGUAAGAAUAAAAGUAAAAGUUA